GCACCAGUGCCAGCUCCCUUAAUAAGACAGAAGACACCUUUCUCCUCUCUCAGAACACUUUCUACACCAACCAUGGCCACCUUCGUGGAGCUUCGUACCAAAGCCAAGAUGCCCAUCGUGGGUCUGGGCACUUGGAAGUCUCCCCCAGGCAGUGUCAAAGAAGCUGUGAAGGUGGCCAUUGAUGCAGGAUAUCGCCACAUUGACUGUGCCUAUGUCUAUAACAAUGAGAGUGAGGUGGGGGAGGCCAUCCAGGAGAAGAUCCAGGAGAAGGCCGUGAAGAGGGAGGAGCUGUUCAUCGUCAGCAAGCUGUGGCCCACCUUCUUUGAGAAGACCCUGGUUAGGAAAGCCUUUCAGAAGACCCUCCAGGAUCUGAAACUGGACUAUCUGGACAUCUAUCUUGUUCACUGGCCAGUGGGAUUUCAGCCUGGAUCUGACUUGUUCCCCACAGACGAUAAAGGCAAGAUCCUUCCCAGCAAAGCAACAUUCUUGGAUGCAUGGGAGGUCAUGGAGGAGCUGGUGGAUGAGGGGCUGGUGAAAGCCCUUGGUGUCUCCAACUUCAACCACUUCCAGAUCGAAAGGCUCUUGAACAAACCUGGCCUGAAACAUAGACCAGUGACUAACCAGAUCGAGUGUCACCCAUACCUCACGCAGGAGAAACUGAUCCAGUACUGCCACUCCAAGGGCAUCACGGUCACGGCCUAUAGCCCCCUGGGCUCCCCGGAUAGACCUUGGGCCAAGCCAGAGGACCCUUCCAUACUGGAGGAUCCCAAGAUUAAAGAAAUAGCUGCAAAACACAAAAAAUCUACAGCCCAGGUUCUGCUCCGGUUUCAGGUUCAGAGGAAUGUGGCUGUGAUCCCCAAGUCUGCGACACGGACACGCAUUGUUGAGAACUUUCAGGUCUUUGACUUUAAACUGAAUGAUGAGGAGAUGGCCACCAUACUCAGCUUCAACAGAAACUGGAGGGUCUGUGCCUUGGGGCAAAGUUCUCAUUUGGAGGAUUAUCCCUUCCAUGCAGAAUAUUGA